AAUGGAGGAUAUAUAUUCAUAUAUAAAACAUGAGAUAUGUUCAGAUAGAAUGGUAAAGAUAUAUUUAGAAAAUAGGUUACAAGAACUCAUUUAUUAUAAAAAUUUCCAGAUGAAAGACUUCAAGCUAUUUAGUAUUUCUUUGGUUUCAAUUCAUUUUAGAGCUUUAAAUACAUAUUAUGAAAAGAAUUUCUAACAAGUGGAUGCUGUUUUUACUGUAUUAUAAUAAGCUAAUGAUGGAAAUGGUUUAGUUAGCUCAUUAUUAUCAGCAAAUCAAAUAAAUAAGAAUAUGAAAAUUAAGGACAUUUCAUUAUAUGCCUUGGCAGAUAAAAAUCAGAUUGUAGAUGAAGAUCUCUUUCCACCUUCAUUUGGGUAUACUAUUCAUUAAUAUAUAUUAGAGGAUAAGCACCACUUAAAGUGACUGUUCAUGAAGUGAAUUUAUCAAGUUUAGUUUAAGCUAUGACAGUAGAAUCCUAAAAAGUAGUUGUAAAUAAAAAGGUUGAUGGAUUGGAUCAUAAGAAAAAAAAUGAUUCUUCAGAUUUCAAUACAUAAGUUAAUUUAUCAAAAUAACUUAAAUCAGCAGAUCCAAUUAAGAAUGAUUCUUUAAAAUUAAUUAAUGAAAAUAAUAAUGCAGCUUAAGAAACUAUAAAUAAAGAUUCAAAACCAUAAUAAGAUUAAGUAAUUAAGAAGCCUAAAAUUAUAUUGAAGAGCAAACAAUAAGAAUAAUCUCAAAGUUAAAAUUAACCUAAAGAAUUAAAUUAAUUACCAAUCAUUGAAGAAGUAAUUAUUAAGAAUGAUCCAAUCAUUGAAGAACCAAUUAAAGAAAUUUAAACAAAAAACCAAGAUGUUAAACCUCAAGAAUCUGCAAUUAAUAUAACAAACAAAACUUCAAAACCAAAAACUUAAUAAAUUGGAGCAGGCUCUAUGAAAUUAGAUAGCUUUUUUAAAAAAAAAUGA